AUAAUCAUGAUGGUACGCGUGACUAGGCCUAUUUAUAACGUCUACGUCAGAUCAGAUUAUAAACGGAAAUCCCGUUCUAUUUUCGGGCAAGAACUUCCCAGAUCUGCUUGUGGCAGUUCACCGAAGUGAAGGGAUGAAAACAAUCGUCUGAUGUGCACGACUGCACUUUAUUAUUGAUUAGAUCGAUUUUAACAGGUUUUCUUCGACAUACAACUGUGAAGCAGAUCCAUUUUAUGAACUGAUGUCAACCAUGCUACGUGCUGAUGUCACCAUGCUGUGAGCUGAUAAUGGGGAUGCUGGUUUUUACAGUUGUCAUAUCGUGUAAUUUGACGAAUUCAUUCUUCUGGACAUACUUAUAUAUCGUUAUAUAUCAAGUACCACCGUGGUCGUAAGGAGAAAGGAAAACUGAAUUACAAUUUGUGAUUUCCUGAUUGCAGAUGUUAUGAAUGAUAAAGAUCUAAACUUGGUGAAAAUGUAUUGACAAGUGUGCACAAACUGUAUUCAGUAUUGGAUAGUGCACUUUAUAAAACUUUGUGAGGUCAUAAACAAAGCUUGAAGACAGAUUAAUGUCGAACAAAAGCAUAUUUUUCUGACCUUGAGAAAUUGUUAAUUGCCUUUGUGCCCCUUUUGCAGAAUGUGAGACUGAUAUAGGGCCUACAGUCAAAAUUGCCUAAGACUGCCACUGAUUGAUGAGGAAAACAGUGGUUGUCUUAGACAGGUGGACAUCCCGGACAGUGCCAUUGUAAUAGUUUCAAAACACAAGGAGGGAAGGGGAAAGUGGUCGUUUGUGCAGGUCUUGGAAGGGUGGUCAUAAGAGCAUGUUCAAUUGACAUACUUAAAAGUUUAGCUUGUGAAUACUUUAGACGUUUGUCAGUGAAUACUUUAGACGUUUGUCAGUGAACACAUAUUUAUUUGAGUUGUUUCAAGUGAAAUAAUGCCGCUUUCAUUCCGAAGUCGCUCAGUUGUGACGCGUUCAGACGGUCCGUCACCGUCAAUGCCCAGUCAUAAUAUGUUGGUGGAAAAACUGAGGGACGCUGUUUUUCAAAAUGAUGUCAAAGAACUUCAAAGACUCUUACUGGAAGGUGGUCGUGCACGUGACAGAUUUCACAAUGACACUGAGAGCGGUUCAACUGUGCUCAUGGAGGCCUGCAAUCUGGGUCAACAUGAGUGUGUUGACGUGCUGACCCGCCAUUGUGAGAAAUCGGCGCUGGAUGCUCGUAAUGUUACUGGGACCACCGCAUGCAUGCUGGCUGCAGAGAAGGGACACAUUACCUGUUUGAAGAUGUUGAUAGAACGUGGGGCUGAUAGUGACCUAGUGGAUCAUCAUGGUUGUAGCAGUUUGAUGUUAGCGGCAAUUUGGGGGAAUAUCAAGUGUUUACAGUACCUUAUAGAAAAUCACAGCGAUCUGACAAAGACUGAUAUUGAGGGUAGGACUGCUGUAAUGAGAGUUGCCAUGAGCGGGGAGAUUGAAUGUCUGGAGAUAUUGUUAACAAAUGCCAUUCAAACAUCUGAUGAUGCUUCUUCACUUGAGAGCAGAGAAAGUCUGUCUAGAUCCCAAGCCACAAACCUGAUUAAUUGUGUUGAUAGAUAUGGGAGUAGCGCACUCAUGCUCUCUCUGCAAUCAAAGGAGGAGAAGUGUGCAGAGCUCUUGUUAGACUGUUUCGCGGACGUCAAUAUUGUAAACAGAGUUGGGAAAACUGCCCUCAGAUUGUCUUUUGAUCAACACAUGCUUCCAUUGUCACGUAGAAUUCUGGAGGCAGGUGCUAAUGUGACUCUUUCUCCAAAUGACCAAAUGCUUUUGCAUGAGGCAGCAGCUAGGGGGGAGAAUGUCAUAGCAAGGUACAUGAUUCUGAACAGAUGUGCUCCCACACUGAGGGAUUGUAAACAUGUGGUUUUUGACUUCCCUUACAUGGGCACGCCUAUUUCUCCCCUGUGUGUUGCUUUCUUGUCUAAGAACAGCAAUUUGGCCACAUAUCUUAUUGCAAUACGCUUCCUGACUCGUUACGAUGUCACCACAUUAAGGAGCUGUCCUAAAUUGCUUAAUAUUCUUUCAGAGUAUGUUUGCCGGCAACCCCUUGACUUGUUACAGAGAUUCCGGUCAAAACCACUGACACUGUUCACUUUAAGUUUCGUAGCUUCGUCUGACUCCAUGGGAACUGGGUCUGACCGGGAACAAAGAAUACGCUCUUCGGGCCUUCCUGAUCGGUUUAAAGACCAGCUUUUAUUUCAGGGUCAAUGGGCACGCUUAUGUGUGUCUCAGUGGCAAGACCUGGCACUAUAUCAGGACAGCUUUGUGAAGGAAUGCUUUUGUGAUGAUUGCAGAGGUUCUAAUGGCUUACAGUUUUCUGAUGAGAUAAGUCCUUUGCCAUCUAGAAAGAUUUUCGAAUUCUAAAGAGUAAUUUUUGCAUCUCCUUACUUUGAUUUUGUCAAAACAACUUCAGAAAAAAGUUUCAGCAACCUGUAGCUUUUUAAAAAAAUGAUUUUAAUCUAUUGCAGUAAGAAAAUUUUUGUCCAGAAAACAUUGCUCUUUAUUGAAUAAUAGAUUUUACUAUAGACUAGCUCCUCCGAUUUUUAAAAAUCAUAUUUUUUGUGGGUUUUAUUGCAGAUAACUUUUGACUAUAAGCCCCAGUUUCUCUCAAACUUUUACCUGUAAUCUUGUAUCAAUUUGUCUUAACUAGGCAUAUAUAAGAGAAUGGUUCUGGUCUGUAUAGUAGUAUUAAGUAAUGAGCAUUUAUUUUCCUCUUUGUCUUUGUUAAACAAUGAUAUAUAGAGUCACAAAAAAGUGAUGACUUAAAAUGCACCAAAGCUCACAGUAAUCCAUGUCUUCAUAAUUUGUAUAAGUUUAAGAGGACGUUUGAAAUUUUAAAAUUCUAUUUCUAUAUAUGGCUCCUUGCUUGUGAACAGUUUUUUAGCUUUGAACAUUUCCAAUUAUCAUGUUAGCAAAUGGAAGUUGUGGCUUGUUUGAACCAAGAAAGUUGAUUAACACCUAUCCUAAAAUAUGUUCCUGAACUAUACUGUAAAAUAUGUUUAUUUGCAACCUCAGAUUGAGGCGCAAAAAAACGGGCCACCCAUGCCUGGGAGAAAAGUCCUUUCACAUGAAUCUAUGACACUAUGACGUUGAAAAAGAUAUUGCUUGAAAAGACAAAUCAGGAUUCUUCCAAAAGCAACAAAAUGCCUUUUUUUCAUUUUUGGCACCAAUUUUUUUUUAUUUGCUAAAUCGAAAACCCAAUUACUUGUGUGAAAAAAGCAAAGUGAAGCUGUGAUUAGUUUUUUGAAAAUAUUAGGCUUCAAAUUUUGAAAGAAUGACUUUUUAAAAUGGUUACGAUGACAAAAAGCCUUUUUAUCUCGAAACUGCCGUGAAUUUUAAAGAAAAGCAAUAUGUCAGCUUACCGCAGGAUUGUCAUAUAGCCGACUCCGCAUGUAUUGAACUCGCUUGAGUUGAUCUUCGGUUCAGUUUACCUUUUUCUCGAGUCAUACCACCUGUUUUUCUUUACAGGUCCAAUGGUUAAGUUGAAUUUUGGAUGAGUUGAUCUUUUUUCCCCUCCCACGACGACAUCAACUCUUCCAUAGUCGCCUGUAUUUAUAAUCUGAAAGCUCAACAUAAAUGGAAUAAAAAAUUAUUCACAACAACUA